UAAGAAGAUAAUGACCUUAAAAGAUGGUGCUUUUCAAGUCCUUGAUAGCAAUGAAAAUGUUGUAUUCUCUGUCAAAGGCAAAGUCUUUAGCCUACGUGAACGCCGAGUUUUGGUAGAUGGUGCUGGUACUCCUCUCGUCACUUUCCAACAAAAGCUAUUGACUGCUCAUAAUAGAUGGCAAGCGUUCAGAGGAGAGAGCACAGACCCUAAACAAUUGCUUUUCAGCGUUAAGAAGUCUGCACUUCUUCAAUUCAUGAAGACCAAGUUAGAUGUGUUCUUAGCUACUAACACUAAAGAAGAAGUUUGUGACUUCAAAAUUGAAGGCAGCUGGAUGGAAAAAUCUUGCGUCAUUUAUGCUUCUAAUUCUACUGAAAUUGCCAAGAUGCACAAGAAACUCAGCGCUGAAAGUCUGCUAUUUGGCAAAGAUAACUUUGGUGUCACUGUGAGUGCAAAUGUUGAUUUUGCUUUCAUAGUUGCGCUUAUUGUGAUUCUUGAUGAGAUUAACGAAGACGACUGAGAAUUGAAAUUACAAGCAUUUACAAAGUCUCUUAUUUGUUUCAAACAUUUUUUAUUUUUAGUAGUGUAUUUGGUGGUCACAUCUCUCUAAUAUUUUGUCUGGUAUACUUAUUUACAUUUUUAAUUUACGCUGUUGAGGGAUUGGUCAUUAGUGUUACUUCAUCCUAAAUUUUGAAUCUCGUGAGUAGCUUUUUCAAGGCACAUUUUGUUACCUUUUGAGCACCAAAGACAAAUACACCUCCAUUAUGAUGGUUAGUAACUGACAAUGCACAUCAUUAUAUA